GGGACCCUUUCCCUUAUAUUUUAGUUAUGACGGACCUCUUUUCCAAGUAUGCCUUUGCAGUACCAACCAAGGACCAGUCUGCGAUUACUACAGCCAAAGCCCUGUACAGUGCUGUGAUUCAGGUGAUGGGGUGCCCCGAAAGGAUCCUCUCUGAUCGUGGGGGGGCAUUUCAGUCAGCUGUAAUGGAACAACUGUGCCAGUCGUAUGGAUGUAAACAAUCCCGAACCACCCCUUACCAUCCUCAAGGUGAUGGUGCCUGUGAGAGGUUUAAUCAAACUUUGUUGUCUCUCCUUAGUUCUCUUUCGGAAGCUGAUCAAAAUCACUGGCCACAGAGUCUUCCUGCAUUACUACAGGCUUAUAAUAACACCACCCAUAGUUCCACUGGUAUGACCCCUCAUUUCAUCGUCUUCGGCCGACAUGCACGCCUCCCAGUGGACUGGGUUGUAACCUCACCUCCCCCCUUGCCAAGAUAUUCCCUGUCAGAUUGGGUGAACCAACAUUACAGAACCCUGACACAAGUUUACAACACUGUAAAGGCAAAUGUAGAGAGGCGGCAACAGAAGGACCAGCAAAGGUAUAAUCGACGGGCCAAGGUGGAUUCGCUUCUGCCAGGAGAACGAGUUCUCCUGAGGAAUUUUCGCAGACGUGCAAAGGGCAAGCUGGCACCGCGCUGGGGUCCAGAUGUUUGGGUGGUGGUAGCCCGACCUAGAGUUGAUCGACCGGUCUAUGUAAUCCGUCCAGAAGGUCAUGAAAGCCCCACAAAGACCAUUCACCGUAACAACCUGCGCUGUUGCCCCUUGGACAUGUCGAGAGAAGAGCCUUCGGAAGGAGAAGAGUCUAAAAGUCAACCACAGGCUAUGUCCUGGUAUCCGAUCAUGGUCACUCCACUUGCCCCUCAGCCCACGGCCUAUACACCCGCCACCACCUUCGCCGCAUCGAAUCCAGAGAGAGAUCUGCUGACUCUAGUUAGUGAAGUAGACCCAGUGGAACAGAUUCCAAGCCUGGUGACAGAAGGACUAACAAAUGAAUUGGAACAUUCAAUAUCACCGGACACUGUGCCUUGUCCGCCAAGCCUCCCUAUGAGUCCAACAGGUGGGGCAGUAAGGCGGUCACAAAGAACCACUAGGGGACAGCCCCCAACCAGGUAUGGGCACACAUAAUUAGUAGUCGGGACGACCACUAGAAAAGUGAUGGGGAAAUGUCACAGGCUGAUUUAAUAGUUUUCUUUUCUUGCCUUGAAUCAUUUAAGACAUUAGGGCUUUAUUGUGUGCAGUGUGCUGUGUGAUGGUUAUUGUGUGCAUUAAAAUAUAGGCACUUUGAAUUGUAGUGGGUAUUUACUGUACAUUAAAUUUAUAGUGUUACUUUUUUUUAUUUUAAAACUGCCCUAUUUAACUCUUAGAGAUUCAUUCAUGGACAAACCUGGCAACUUGUUUCCUGUUUUAUUAUUUUGCCCAUAUUUGGUCUGUGCUUCCUCCCCUGUUAAUUUGACCUAAUUUUGUUUAUUGGAACUCGUUGUUAAGCUCCACCUUUUUGCCCAUAUUUGGUCUGUGCUUCCUCCCCUGUUAAUUUGACCUAAUUUUCUUUAUUAGGACUCAUUAUUAUGCUCCACCUUUUUGCCCAUAUUUGGACUGUGCUUCCUGUCUUUGAUGAAUUGUUUUAUUGUCUCUGUCUUGCUGCUGAUGAUUACAAUUAGCAACCAAUUGCCAAACAGCUGGACAUGAUUAAGUGAAAGGGUAUAAAAACUGUUUCUUUGGGAGAGGAUGGGGGUUUUUGUUUUGAGGGUGACGUAGAUGUUUGCUGCCAUGGUGUAAUACACUCUCCUGCCUUGCAAAGGAAGUUUGGGUUCCCAGGACGUUUGCUGAACAACGGUGCACUGCUCUGGAUUUGCUCAACGCUCUCUAAUGUUGCCUGAAGGGCCCCCCAGCAGUACCUACCUGGUAGUUCCAGCGGCUGGCGUCGUCCUGAAGACUGAUUUUUCUCCGACCUCCCUCAACGCUCUCUAAUGUUGCCUGAAGGGCCGUAAAUAUAUUUUUGUUACUGCACUGUGAAUGUGUCCAUUUACUAUUUGUGGUGUUGGUGUUUAUGGUGGUCGCUUGUUUCCAGUCCCAGCAAUACCUAUCUGGUAGUUCCAGCGGGUGGCGUUGUUCUGAAGACUGUGGUUAUCCUCAAACCUCUCUCAACGCUCGCUAUGGUUGCCCGAAGCCUCUGCAAUACCUUUCCUGUGGUCCCAGUGGCGGCUUUGUCCUGAAGACAGUGGUUACCCUCUAACUUCCCUCAACGCUCGCUAAUUUCGCCUGAAGGGCCGUAACUAUAUUUUGUCGUACUACAGUGCAAGUGUGACCUCUGCUGUUUGUGGUGCUGGUGGUUAUUCUUGGUGCUCUCUUCUAGCCUCUGGAUUGUCCCGUUGGUGAUCUUGGCCCAGUGCUGCUGCGAGCCUGCCUUGGCUACCCGGAGUCUUCCUCAACGUUUGCUGCUUAAAGUACCGUCACUUUCUCCGGUGGGUCUGACGACUGCCGUGACGUUCUGGACGUAUUUGCUCGAUUAUUUGGAAGGACAGCUGGGCGGAUUGCCGAGGAGCCACCAAACCUUAACCCCGCCCCCAUUUGCUAUAAAGACUCUAUUUUAGUGGACUUUACCCUCCAUAAUAGUGUUUCCUAUUUAAUGCUUUCUAGCCUAUUAAUAAAAAGUUUUUUUUUGCAUUUA